AUAAAUCCACAGACUCUGGACUCUGGGCUGACCAGACCCAUCAUCCCCACACAGCAUAGCAGGACUAAGGGAAGUUACAGUUUAGCUCAAAUCAGUUCCUUACAUUUUUUUUUAUUCAGCCUAUCCAACACAAAAAUGUAUCUCAUUCUGUUAUGGGUAUUGAUACUACCAGUAACAGCAUUUGCAUUUCAUAUGGAGCUGAAACCAAAGAAUGCACUUUUGAAAGUCGGUGAUAGGCAUGAGCUGCAAUGCUCGGUGAAGGAUUGCAAUGAAAAAGUUACCAUCUCCUGGGCUUUGCUGGAGGACAAGCCAGUGUUUGCGAAAAUACACACCUCCGGGUCGGAAUCAGUGGCGGUCUUUGACCCUGUGGCGACAGCACACGAUGACACACUUCUCUGCAAAGGCAGUUGCGGAGAAUCGACCAAACAACAGCGUGCGGUUGUCAAAGUAUACUCAUUUCCAGAGGCCCCUGUCAUAUCAGGCCAUGACCGACUUCUCUUGGGCCAGACCAACACUCUGACAUGUGAGGUGACAGACGCUUAUCCUGCAGAGCACCUGAGGCUUGAGUGGCUGCGAGGAGACAGCAUGCUCCAGACAGAUGCAGAGUCUGUUGUGUCCACCUACACGUUCACGCCCACCCCCGAGGACAAACAGGCCAGCAUCACAUGCAGAGCCACUCACGAUCAGGAGGGUGUGCCUGAUGAUGAGAAGACCAAGGAAACCUCUGUUUCUCUCACAGUGCUUUAUGCACCACAGAUUACGUCAAUAUCUGAGCUGACUGUUGUGGGAGUUGGCUCCAGUCCCACAUUGAUGUGCCAUGCUGAAGGGAACCCCAGACCAGAGAUACAGUGGAAGGCCAUUGGUCCGCACGGACAGGCUGUCAUAGUAGGGCAGAGCGAGGAGCUUGCCCUUACAGAGAUGACACUGGUGGAUUCUGGUCAAUAUGAGUGUGUGGCAAGCAACACCAUUGGAAACAGCAGAGCCAGCGUGAACGUCAUUGUUGAAGCUCCCCCAAUAAACACCUCCAUCAAAGUAAGCCCAGCCAGUAAGGUGAAAGAAGGGGAGAACGUGACGGUGUCCUGCCUGUCAGACGGAGCUCCGGUGGGACGGAUGGUGCUGAGGAGACUCUCUGAGGACCAGGAUGUAGCUCUUCAGUCCAGCAACGGCUCCUCCACCUCCUUCACCCUCUCCUCUGCCCUGCUAGCAGACUCUGCUCUCUACCAGUGCGAGGCCUUCAAUGAACACGGCAGCCAGAAAGUCAGCACCUUGCUCUCCGUUGAAGCGUAUCCCCUGGAGGUGGAGAUGGUAUCGGGGGUGAUGGCUGAGAUGGGAUCCAAACUGGUGCUCUCCUGCCUGGCUUCGGGCUGUCCCCAGCCAGCCUUCUCCUGGAGGAGCAUGCUGGACAUGCCCGUCCACAGCCGCGCACGCAACCAGGACUCCCUCUCCCAGCUCCACCUGGGCCCACUUGGACUGGCCCACGAGCAAGCCUACACCUGUGAGGCCAAGUGUGGCUCUGUCAUCAAGUCCAAGCAAGCAGAGGUCAAGGUCUUCUCUUUCCCCUCGGACCCUAUCAUCGAGAACCCGGGACCCUUUCUGGAAGACGGGGAGGCCACCUUAUAUUGUUCUGUAGCCGAUGUCUACCCAGCCAGUCACGUGCAGAUUCAAUGGCUCGAUGGGGAAACGGAGCUGCACUCCGGCGUGGGUCGGUACUCCAGUGAGCUCCAGAAUGUGACGUCAACGUUAUCUUUUUCGGUGGAACCGGAGGACCAGGGGAGACGGAUCACCUGCAGAGUCGGUCUUCAGAUGGACGUGGUCCAUCAAAGUCGGAGAGAGAGGAAAGCGGUGACUGUACUGGAGCUCCACUAUGCCCCCAGGGGAACCACCAUCACAGUGAGCCCAGCCAGUGAGGUGAAGGAAGGGGAGAGCGUGACGGUGUCCUGCCUGUCGGACGGCGCUCCAGUGGGAUGGAUGGUGCUGAGGAGACUCUCUGAGGACCAGGAUGUAAAGCUCCAGUCCCACAACGGCUCCUCCACCUCCUUCACCCUCUCCUCUGCCCUGCUAGCAGACUCUGCUCUCUACCAGUGUGAGGCCUUCAAUGAGCACGGCAGCCAGAAAGCUAGCACACACGUUACAGUUAAAGCACCUCCUAGGAAUACAACAGUCUUGGUCUAUCCGUCCACUGAGGUUCAGGAGGGCCAAAAUGUCACCGUAUGCUGUCGCUCUGUUAGCUUCCCCCCACCUGUGGUGGUUUUGAGAAAACUGGACAAUGGCACAGAGCUCUACUCCCCGGAUGGGAACUUCCUGCUGGUGAACCUUACGCCCAAAGAUACAGGCCUAUACCAGGUGAAUGUGACCAAUGACCUGGGCUACGAGACUAAGAUCUUCAGCAUUAACGUCAUGGAGAAGCAUUCCAGUCCUUCACCUGACUGGAACCAGAUAGUCAUUCCUGCUGUCUGCGUGGGAAUAAUGGUGACCACCACAGUCCUAGUCCUGGACAAUCUUAGGAGAGCCAGGAGGAAGGGCUCCUAUGAGCUGGCCAAGUGUAAGCCCGGCACUGCAUAGACUAGAGGAGUCUAAAACCUGUGGCCCGGGAGCCAGAUUGCGGCCCCCACUUGUGCUGCCAACAUGAACAUGUACUGUCUAAAAAUAGUUCUUCAGGCAAAAUGACUUUAACACUCCUGAUGUAAAGACAUACCAAGGGACAGACUCACCUGGAGUGAACUCCUGGCCUGAGAGGGUACAGACGAGAAGCUUGCCCAUUGUCCCGUGUCCAGGCCUUUGGCCGUGUCUAGUCUUGACAGUUCAUGCAGCUUUAGUAUUCUAAUCAUAGAGUUCUGACCAUGGAAUUCCGAACAUGUCAUGCGUCUGCACCUACAUUUAAAUGUGUCUACUGUGUCCCCAUUGUGUCCACAGAUACCCUUUUCCCGCGCUAUAUUCAAAUGCAAGUAUGCAUUCUACAAACGGUGGAAUAGGCUAAAUAUGACAAUACACAAUAAGUGAUGGCAGUAGCUAACUACUCUAGCUAACUAGCCAGCUAACCUCUGUAGCUAGACAGCAAGCUAACAAGCAAUGCUAAAGGGAUUGCAAAUGGGUUACCAUAUCUCUAGUCAAACAAAAAAUAAUUUGUCUAAAUAUUAGGUAGUUGGCUAGGAUUUUUGAGGCCAGCAAACAUGUUCCUCACACGCUAUUUCAUACAACUUUAUAAUGAAAAGGUGCCUCUCGAUCGGAACACAAUCAGACCACAAAGCAACGUUUGUGCGCCUAGACCCGUCUUUUCAAUGCGAUCUUCGUAUUCUGAUAGCAGAAGUCGCAUGUAAGUGUCCAGUGUAGACACGGCCUCAGUCAAAGGACAGGGGACAAGGCCUUAUGACCUUUGGAAGUUACUAGAACAGGGUAAGAAAUAGAGGCGCACCUUUGUGGUUGGAUGUUGGGUCUUCUGGAUAUGUGUGUAUGUGUCAACCAUUGACUUAGUGUGUAUGUUUGUGUUUUACGGUGUAUAUCCGUUGGGCCUUAGGUUCCCAUUUCUAUAGAAACCUACGCAAAAAAACUGUAAUUGGUGUAAUAAUCUAAAUGCAUCUCACUGUAAUUUGCUCCUUUAUAAUUUCUUGGCAGCUUCCAUUUAAACCCAUUGUUGUCUAAGUGUUUCACAACAGUAGGAUGAAUGCAAUAUGUUACGUUUCUUCAAACUAAAUCAAUACAAUUGAAAUUAGCAGUGAUAAGAAAUUGAACUUAAAAAAAAGUGAAUACAAUGUAUUGACAUUGCAUAUAUGAACUUUGAACUAUAUCAGUAUGAUGUGUGUCAGAAACGACACUAUGGUUUCCCAAGGAAAGGAAUAGACGGUGUUGUGGUAAUGUAAUACAAUAUGAAAGCAACACGUAUUUGCCUCGUUGUUUUGACUGUUAUUUAGGUCUAUAAUGUGGGCUACCCUUAUUAGAAGUGUUUGUAUGUGUGGAGAGAUUGCAAUGUGUGUGGGGUAUUUUUGUUCCCCACCAUUUACUUAACUUUUAUGGGAUAUGAGAGCCGGUUUGGUACGUGUUUAAAAAGCUGUUUUAAAAAAAAAAUCAAAGCCUGUAUAUAACUUAAUUUGUUUUGUUUAUGACUGUUCGUAAUCACUAUUGAAGAGGUGAAAAAAGUUUUUCCCUAUUUUCUGUGAAUUGUGUUUGAAUGUAAGUUUGUUUCAUUAUUAAUAAAUAUUUAUUUCCAUAACUAAAAGCUGUUAAUUGAAAUAGUAGCUUUGGGUUUUGGGAUCUCCUGUUGCAGUGGAAAACCCCAUAAUUAAUGGGGGCUUUUGUGUGAGUUAGCAUGUUCAGCAUGAAUUUCACUUUCAGUUCCUGGAAGUAGUACUAUGGGUGCUGUGACUAGUUAGAGCGAAACUCUCUUUCCUCACUUGUGUGAUUGUCUCCCCACUUGAAAUCCAAGGUGAGGAUGAAGAAGGGCAAGUGGAUAUGAAACAUUGAAAUUCAAGUUAGUAACAGAUUGAUCAAGGUUAUAUGCCUUGUGCAUGCUGGUUGUGGGAAUAAAAUUGUUUGACUAUGAACUCAAAUCAAUGUCUUAACCAAUGUACUGAAUAGACCACAGCUUUGGGAAAAACUCAACCUCUUUUAGUUAUAGUAUCUAUUCUUAAUUACAGGGAACAUUGAGUUUCUCAAUUACAUAGUGAAAAGCUAAUGAAAAGAGACCCACUUGGCUUACAGUUCAGAGAGUCCUUGGUAUGGGUUCAAUUUCACACCUUAAAGAUGCACUCUUGAACGCUUGUAUAAUUUCAGCCAGUAAUUUUGAAAGUGGUGCUCACGAGCCAAAAGGGGUCCCCAUUUGUUGUGUACUAUGUCAUCAAAUUGUGUACUAUGUCAUCAAAUUGUGUACUAUGUUAUCCAUUUUGUCUGAUAUGUUACGUCCUGCAAAUUAUUAUAAAUGUUUUUUUUGGCAAUUCGUAUAAUAUGUUAAGAAUGUAAUUUGUACUAUAUGUUACACAUUUUUUUUGCUUAAGAGCCAGGAUUGCAUCUUUAAGUAUUGAAAAAAAAAAUGGAGGAAAAGUUAAAUACAUCUAUAGAAAAAAAUGAAAGAAAAAUGUAUAGAAUUUUAAACAAAAACAAUGAUAUCAAAAGCAAACAAUUAUUUUAACGCGAGAGAAAAACUGAUUUGAAAACUAAUGGAAAAAAAAUAUUUUUAGUUAAACUUUUCCAACAACCAACCCUAUUGAAUCCAUUUCGGCUACGCUCUUGCCUACAGUUCCUACCUUUGGUUAGGUUACUAGUACAAUAAGAGUUUAAAUUCAGAAAAGUUACAAAUGUAAUCCAGAGGACUUGUGUAAGUGUCAUUGUGUCAUCAUGGUGGAUACACAAGUCCCUGGUUUAAAUACACUGAUGUAGCUAACUGGAAACUUUCGUCAUGGGACUAAAAUCACAAUGGCCUAUUUGGGUGUGACAAGCACUUGGUUUACUAAAAACAUGUGGACAAACCGUUAGCUACGGCUGGCAUUGGCUAGCUACAGGCUUGCAGCCUUGUGAUUCAUUCCAUUUGGCUAGCUAGUCAGACAACAAGAUAACCUACUUAAAAAUUGUCACGGGUCAAUAAUGAACGGACAUUAGAAGUGUACAGUCUGAAAUGAUUGACACCCUUGAUAAAGCUAAGCAUUAAUGACUGUAUAAAAUAAAUAAUUAAAAACCUUA